CACACCAAAGACCAAGAUAUCUAACAUAAACUUCCGGUGCAUUGACAGACACGUGCAGUACUUGAAAACAAAACCAGACAUGGCUAAGAGCAUCAGAAGCAAGCGGAAACGGAUGUUGAGAAACAUCAAGAGAGAGAGGUAUGCCAAAAAGGAACUGGAGAAGUUGAAGGAAAUCGUGGCAUUAGCUGAAAAAGAUAAAGAUACGGAAAUGAAAGACCUGUAUACAGUGACAAAACCCCUGGGAAGCAAAGACGACGCAGCAGCUGAACCCUCAGGUGAUGGUAUGGAAGUGGACUCUAAAGCUAGAGAUUCCAAAACUCUGCGUGAUGAGAACGGACAUUAUCCAGUGUGGAUGAAUUCACGACGCGUCAAAAAACACAAGAAAAGACUGCAGGCCAUCUCCAAGAAAAAAGAAAAGAAGCAGAAGGCCAAAAAGAAGUGAAGAUCCUAACAAGAUUGUAUAUUGUGUUUGUAAAUAGGGACAGAAUUCUUUGAGUGAAUGUAAUUGAAUGUAUUUUUUUAGUGGCAAUUAUUACCGGUACAUUGUAAUAUUUUUUCUUCAAAAAUUGAUUUUUUUAACCUAUUUCACUGGGAAGAGGGGGCAAUUUGAGGAGUGAUGUAGGACUUGGACUCUCUUAGCUAAGGUGUGGGCAAUUUGAGGGUGAUGUGGUGGGACUUUGACAAUAAAAUGCUUCCCUUGGUUGUAAAGCAUUGGAAUUAAUAUUGCAAGUGUUGGAAAAUACACAACCCACCAAAUUGUCUGCAGUAUAACUGUGAUUCUGGUGAAUUCCUAUACUUACAAAGAAAGAAUUUCAUCAUUAAUUGUGUAUUUAUGUCCAUGUAGAAAACCAUAUAAAGUACAUUCAUAUAUGUAAGUGUGUUAGAUAUUGGAUUAUUGAAGAUAUGUACUUUGUCAUUUGUGUACUGAUUGAAAGCUCAUCACUAAAGAAAUCGACACAGGUAGCUUGAAAAACUGCUUACUAUAGAUUAAGCAUUUACAGUUUGAUAAAUGACUUGUAAAUAUUUUCUUCAGAAAUAAAGAUAAUAUCUGGUAGAUGUAAAUAUUUCUGUGUUAUCAUUGAAUGAUUUCUUUAUAUACUGUAAAUCUAUGAUAUUUGGUGUGUACAAUAUUUGGCAGAAAUUAUUUUUUCAACAAGUUAGCAUAGAUUUGAUUUACAUGUAGCAUUAUCUGAAUGUGCUAGAUAAUAUUGUAUGAUAUAUACAAAACGUGUAGCUGUAACAAAAAGGAUUCUGUUUUCCGUCGUAAUUUGCUAUUAGAAUACACUGCUAAAUGUAAUAAGUUUACUGUAUAUAACAAGCAAAUUCAAAGAAUGUC